UGGCUCUGCUUUUCCUGUCUCUACCCCUCGCAUUAAUAACUGUCUGGCACUCAUCUGUGUGGACCAGCGUGCCAACCUGUGCCACUUCAAGGACACCUCUAUCCACUGUGUGUUUCUGCGUGAAUCAUGUCAAGUUAGUCAAUUACUUUCUGCUCCAUGGAGCUCACCGGAGUUAAAGUGACGUCUCCACUGCCUGCAAUCUCCCUCCCUCCAUCCUCUCCCUCUCUCUCCCUCUCUUAUAUCACUUAAUCAAGACAUACUGUAGCUUGCCCUUUCCUGUUCACCGCUGCCUCCCUCCCUGCUACCCUAUUUGUUUGCCCUCGUCUUCUCCUCUUUGGCUGUUUCGCGUCCACCCUCCCUGCCUCGUGAUCCUCGUCGCCCUCCGUUUAAGCAAACUCCACACCAGCAAGGCAGCAAGCAAGGACAUGCAGCAGAGAGGUCAGUGAGGAGGAGGAGGAGGAGGAUGACAGCAGAAGAAUAGGAAACGGACAAGGAGGGAUGAGAAAGAGACUGAAGUAAGAGGAGGAAGUGGAACUCCAAAGUGCCUACUGCGAGGGUACGUCUGCCGAGUCUGCUGGAUUACAGCGGGACGGUGUGUGUCUGGCCUUGAAUGGAGGCUGUAUUUUAUCCUGACAGCCACAGAGUCAUCCAUCCCACAUUGCUGAGCUGCAGUCCCAGCAUACCCUGAGCUGAGCAGCCACUUCGUCUCAUCAUUACAAGGACAUCUCCGUGUAAGACUGUCUGUCUUUUUUUUUGUUUUAUUUUUGUUUUGUUCUUGUUUUUUGUUUUGCUCUAAAGAAAUCUUUAGUUUCCUUGUCAGGCUGCCCAAAUAUAACUAAAGUAGAACUACAGUGAAUGCCCCAGCCUGGCCAUGUUGACGUGAAUGUAGUGGUGAUUUACAGCGGGCUGAUACAGGUGAAUGCACACACUCGGCGACUCUGCGAUCCAAGCGACAUGCCAGAGUGAUGCCCUCAGAUUAGUUUCCUUUUUUUCUUCCUUUUUUUUGAGACAGAGCUGGCCUCUGCUCACAGUCAAGCCCCUCUAUAUAUCUCACUGCAGUGAGACUUCAGCUGCCACUUUUCCCAGGAAGAACUAAUAAACAUCCCCCAAAAUACACCAACCAAAAGGACUUGCUGCCUAUUUGCACUGAGGAGAAACCGAAAAUAUUUUUGCUUCUGUUUCCUCUGUGUUGUGCUGGGGGAUUUUUUGUCUUGAAUCACCAUUAGUCACCCUUGCUCUCAUCAGACAGUUUUCCGUCAGUUUGCCCACUGCCGCUGCACAGCGUCUGCGAGCGUCUCUGAUGGCUGUCAGCAUGACCAUGGGACGAGACACCAAAUGGCUGACCUUGGAAGUGUGUCGUGAGUUUCAGAGAGGCACCUGCUCGCGGUCUGACGCUGAGUGUAAGUUUGCACAUCCCUCACGGAGCUGCCAUGUGGAGAACGGCCGAGUCAUCGCCUGCUUUGAUUCGCUCAAGGGGCGUUGCACACGCGAGAACUGCAAAUACCUGCACCCACCUCCGCACCUGAAAACCCAGCUGGAAAUCAAUGGGAGGAACAACCUGAUCCAGCAGAAGGCCGCGGCAGCCAUGUUGGCUCAGCAGAUGCAGUUCAUGCUGCCUGGAACACAACUGCAGCCCAUAACAACAUUCCCAGUGACACCCUCUCUGGCAACGAGUCCCAGCAUGGCAUUCAGUCCAUAUCUGAGCCACAUGGGCCCAGCGAUGGGUUUGAUGCCUGAGCUGCUGCCCAGCACUCCCCUGCUCGUCCCCGGGAGUCCUACCGGUCUGGCAGCCAUGGGAAAUGGCACCUCCGCACAAAAACAUGUGCGCACAGACAAGCUGGAGGUUUGCAGAGAAUUCCAGCGCGGGAACUGCACGCGAGGUGAGAACGACUGCCGCUACGCUCACCCCCUGGAGGCGGGCAUGGUGGACUGCAACGAGAACUCGGUCAUUGUCUGCAUGGACUAUAUUAAAGGCCGCUGCAGCCGAGACAAGUGCAAGUACUUCCACCCUCCAGCUCACCUGCAGGCCAGAAUCAAGGCUGCACAGCACCAAGCCGGUCAAAACACCCCGUCCUCAGGCUUGGGUCUGCCCCCGGGGGCCAUGCAGCCGCUACCAAAGAGGCCUGUCUUAGAGAAGAGCAACGGAGCUGCUGCCACCGUCUUCAAUCCCAGCAUGUUCCACUACCAGCAAGCCCUGGCUAACAUGCAGCUCCAGCAACCAGCCUUUAUCCCCACUGUAGACCCCUCGGAGCUUCUGACUUCAGAUCCGGUGGAGCUCCAGUGCAUUCCCAUGGAAACCCAUUUCUGCCCCGUCCCCAAACUGCUGGUGGCAGCUCCUGUGGCACUAAACUCAGUAAGCCUUUCCCGAAACCCCAGUUAAAGUCCCAUAAACCCCGAGCACUGCAGCAAACAUGUGCCUCGCCCACAGUGCACACCGACUGAUAUCAUGUUGUGAACGUAAGAGAGCUGCGAUGGUUCAUGCAAUACAGACCUGGACGUAUUACCGUUGCUUUAAAGCAGCCACCCUGAUGCAUACUGACUUGAUCGGGGCGAGCAAUAGAGCUCCCUCGUCCUUACAGCCAUACAUGCCCACACCUUAAAAGUGCAGCACAUGUGCACACACAUAAACACACACACACACACACACACAUAUAUAUUCAAGACUAAAUGCCCUUUAUGGGUCGGAGCCAUCACAUGAGGCCACCCAACACAUUUGACUGUUCCAAAGUAAGAAACUCUGAGAAGUUCAUUGUAGAAAAUUCAGACGGACCAGCUGCCGGUCUCCAACCAUGACGGGCUGUCAAAGUGAAAGAGUGUUUCAUAUCAUGUCACGUUUACGUUUCAAGAUGAGUGCAAAUGUGACGUUUGUGUUGUACGACGUGUACCGCUCAGUCUGUCAUCAUGGUCUCAUUUUGCCCGGUGAUACGUCAGUAAGGGGUUGUUGUUCAUUUGUUUGUGCCUUUGAUUUUUUCUGCUCAGCUGCAGAGGAGACUUAGUGUCCCAAAAAUAAUUCAAAGAAGAAUUAGUUACGUAAAUAGAGUGUAUUAGCCUGUAGCUGCUAUUGGGAUAAAGUCUACUGGUUACAGCAAAUGCCUCUUAAAAUGUAUAUUAGAGUUUCCUAAAUGCAAUGAAUGAUUCGCCCCCCCUGUUUUAUUGAAAAAUGUAGACUGGGUGAAAGUAACUUAGUAUGUAAUUACUUCUUAUAAAGAAGAUGGGAUGAGGGAUAUCUUUAGGAUGUGUUAAAUAAACUGCCUUAAAGCAGCUGAGGUUAUGUUCUCUAUGUAAGGGCCCCUCUCUGUAUAGUACUCUCCAGUAAUAGACCAGACAGCUCCAAUCAUCAAAACUGAUAAACCUGAGCUGUGAAGUUUCUUGAAUCGUGAUUUCCGAUCAGUGAUUGUGUUUCUUUUGUGAUGGGUAACUGUGUAACGACUAAAAAAGGAAAGGUUCAUCCUGUUUCCUCUGUGAUUUGAAACCUGAACACUCUUUGAAACCGAUUCUGUGUGUGUUCAGCUCGCCUGUAAAUGCCACUUAAACUUUUACACCUGAUGUCAGUUAUUGCACAAGAUGGAAGCGAGAUCGGUUUCCUUUUGUUGUGCCUAAAGUCUGCGGUAUAUGCAAGGAACUGCCCGUUUAAUGCAAUAUCUGGAUAAAUCCUCCAAAUAAAUGUUUCCCUCUCUAAUGCAGAGAUGUAUUUCAAAAGGCUGUUUGUUUAAUGUGGCUUUUGGACUAAAUAAGUGGCACAAGAUUUUUAUGUUUUAUGGUUCUGCAGGGAGAAAGCUUCGAACUUGAAAAUGUCCUGUCUGACUUUAAAAUGUCAUGUCUUUCUACUGCUGUCCUGUUUGUCAAAAAUGACGAGACUCUAAAUAUUCUUAUAACCAGAAUCAAGUUGUAGAAAAGGAUGAACAAUUCUCAUGCUUGAUGUCUGAUGGUGAAAAAAAAAUUGGGGGGGACUUUCAAGUGUGUAAGGAAUUGCUUUGUAGGUGUAUACAAAAAAAUGAACUUAACAGCUUUGGAAACUGGGCUGAAAUCACUUAUAUCCAAAUUCAAAUGUGCCUCUUUCAAGUCUCCUCAAACAAAACUGUCAGUACACUGUAAGACCAGACCAGUGCUCAAAGACAGAUGUGUUAUUUGGUACAUUAUUAUAAUAUGAAAUCACAUUUGUAUCAGUUUCUUCUCUGAGACAGCUGUGCUGUCUUACUGUCAAUGUAAGGAAAUAAAUCAGAGAGUUGUGUGCAUACAUACGUGUGUCAGAAAAGACGAUGGAUCACAUAUUUGGUUAGAUGUAAAUGCUGCAGAUAUUACACAUCUCCCAUUGAACAUUAUUCAUUUUAAAUAAUGUUAAUGUGUCGUGAAUGUAUCUAAUGCAAAAACUUUACACAUGCCCUUCUAAAAGACAGGCAUGCUGAAAUGUAAUGGUUCACUCUAUAUAGACUAUUUCAGAGGUCACAUACUGUAGGUACCAUGAUGAAACUGUGUUAAGACAUAUUAAAGUAUGUGUAUUGUUAUAUAGAUUUAUAUUUAAUGUUAAUGGGUGGUGUGACUACUUUUAGAAAUAUCUUUCACUGUCAGAAAAGGUAGAGCAGACUGCUGUACUCUUUGAAGUACAAAUGUACACAAUUCAGGUACAUUUCAGUACCAUUUAUUGCUAGUCAGUUUUUCUACCCCUACCCUCUGUAGUAUCCAAAGCACUAUAAACAAAGCAUAUUCUCAUUAGGCAGAAAGUCAGCAUGCUACCUUUUUUCUCACAUGUAUUUCCCUUGUCCCAGUACUGCAGCCCUGAUUCUGUUAACUUUUGGUGUAGAAAGGCUUUGUGGAGACAUAACUGUGCAGAAAACCCACCCAGCCAGAGCUGCAAGUUCAGCACCAGGUAUAAUCCUGGGAUUAACCCUCAUUUUGGGCGUGUAAAAGCUUUUCCCUCCUGACCACCUAAAUGCCCCAAAUGGCGUAUUUGUGGCAGUUUAAGAAAAAGUACACAUAUCUGCUUACUUUUUUUUAAAGACAGAAGAUCUGAGCUGCUCUUAUGUUUCUGUGCUAAUACUAAGCUGGAAAGAGCUGCUAGUUAACACAGAGAAAAGGCCAGCACACCUUAAUAAACAGUUGUGCAAAAACAACCGCAUUACACAUCGUGACUGCUUGUGAACAGUGAGGUUGCCAGGCAACCAGCAAUAUAACCCAGAUGGAUUGUAAACUGUCCAUGAAGAAAUAAUUACAGGAGGAAAACAUCUAUAAAACUACAGAGUGCCCUCUUUAUAUCCAUUUUAAAGAUUAAAUGUGCAGUCUUGCAUGGAAGGUGUUUACACCUUUUAGAUAACUAAAAGUUAGCUUUUGGACAAACUGUGUAAUGUUUGUAAUAACUUAAGCCAACUUAAACAAGAAUAGAGUGCCCUCUAUAAGUGCGUUAACAGAUAUUAUUGGAUAAUUUGUGCAUCUGAAGUUGCUAUUAAAGCACAAAAAUGAGACAAAACAGUAGGUGGCUUUAGCUCUUAUAUAGUAUAUAAGUAAAGUUUAUUUAUAAAAGCACUUGUCACAGAAAUGAAGUUAUAAAGUGCUUGGCAAAAAAUAGUGUAAAAUAAAUAAAAACUGUGAAAAAUCACAAUAAAAUAUAAUAGAAAAUGAUAGACGUAUAAGUAAAUGUCAUCUGCAUAGAAACGAUAAGAAACUUCUGAAAAACCCUGAAUGAUGCCAGCUGGCUCAGGAUUGAGCCUCGCAUUUAUCUGAGCCUUGCAGAUAAAUAAGAAGAAGGUUAGUCAAAUGGAAACCAUAGGUCUACUAAGGAAAGUAUCAUGGUCGACAGUAUCAGAGGCUGUGCUGAGGUCAAACAGACCGAGCAGAGAACAAAUCCACAGAUCCUCUACAUCAGAAGCCAUAUGAAAGCAUGUUGACUGAACAGCGAAAAGGUAGCCUAAAGUAAACGCUACUGAACUGGUCUACAAAUAUCAAGAUGCAUAACUAUCUAUUUCUGUGCUGUUUGUGUAUUAAAUAGCACAUAAUAAAAGCUAAAGCCAGUCUGUAUUUUAUCUCAUGCAAUGCUUUCAUCCUAAAAUGCUAAAACUGAGGUUUAAAAUAUCUAUUUCAGUUUACAUACUUUUAGAGGACACCUUAUUUGUAAUAACCUAAUACCUGUUAAUUUAUCUGUGUAGCUCCACUUUGUAUGGAAACAGGCUAGUGCCCCAUACAGCUGAUUUAAGCUUCAUAUUUACUAUACAGACAUAAGAGUGAUAUAAAAUCUUGUGAAUAAGUGUAUCUCCCAAAAUAGUUGAAUAAAGUAUUUUUUAAAGUAUAGCUGACUUUUUAUCUGCAUGGUGGAUCAAACAGUAUGUAGGCUCAUAGCUGUCUCUAUGAACCUGAUGAUCAGAAUGUCCAGACAGGUCCCUUUUUCUAAUGACUAGCUUCGUCCAGCCAAUCCCCUCCUUAAGUGACCCUACCCCUAACAUCAGUAUGCCUUCACUGUCCAGCUGGAAAAACAGAAUACUUGAUUAAUAAACUGUGCCUCUCGAGGGCAUUUGAGGUUUUUAAAUACAUUUAAAUGUAUCUAUUAAGGCUCAAGAGUGUAUUAAUUUGAGGAUUGUGGAGCACCAUGAGAAAAAAAAAAUACAAACAAUGUUUUUACCUCUUAAUUUUGUUCCCUCAUUCAUUCUCUUGUACUUGAUUACCUUUGGGCCUGGUUGUAAUUUUUUUUCCCCACACGGUCCUGAAUCAUAACUGUUCAACGUGUGCAGAGCUCUGAUCUUCGCUGUCCUGUGAUCAGAUCCUUCAGCAUGUGGACACAGUUAACUCAGUCCUGAGAAUACAAACAAAGGGCCUUAAUCCUCGAUCAUAUGUCACAGCUGUGUAUGAAAAUGUAAUAAAUGUAAGAUUUUUUUUUCUGAAAAAAAAAAAAAAAACGCGGCAUGAAAAUAAUAAUAACAAUAAUGACAACAAAAAAAUCAUUUAUAUGUAGUUAAUAGUUUGUGUAGACCAAUAUGAAAAACAUUAUGAUAUGAAAAUCAUUUGUACACAAUGAUGGAGUCAUUGUUAAUGGUAAUAGUUGCUGUUGCUAUGGCAACAAAAUGACAACAUGGCUACCUUUUUAUUAUCCUAAUAGUGAUUUUUUUUCCACAAUAAUUGAGAUGACAUACAGCACUAACCUAUCCGAAAAGGGAAUGUCUAAUUAUUAGUUUGUCUUGUUGCAACGUGAUUGAAAAAACUUUAAUCCUUGUAAUAUCCAAAGGUCCUUAGGGGAGGUCAGCCAUUUAUUUUGUUUUGUUUAUUUGACGUUCAUUUUAUAUUUAGGUUUUUUCUUCUUGUACAUGGUGUUUUUGAGAAAUAGGAAUGAACUCUGGCUUUUAGAGCAAACAUCUGUCAGGGAGGUAAAGAGACCCUUGGACUAACUGGAAGAUCUUUUUUUCUGUGGAGGCGAGCGGUUUUUGCCGUUUGCCUCCUACAGACCGAGAGAUCUGGCUCAGGUUUUGGCCAAGAAGGUGGUCUCGAGGUCUCUUACUGCCCAGCUGUGCUGGGUGAUGUCGAUCCUCACUGAGGUGUAUACGAAUGUGUGAUGUUCACCUUGUUUGCACUUAUGUACAUAACUAUGUCAGAAUACUCAAAAUUUAUUUUGAAUAAAUACAGAUAAAAGAGUCAAUUAAAAAAAAUCUAAUCAAUAUAUUGUUAACGAUAUGUCUAUUGUUUUCUUACAUCUGCCCUUUUGUUUGUUGCUAGAGCCCUGUUCUUUGCUAAGCAUGGCACUGCCUAGCUGUAAACUACAAAUGAUUUGCUUUAUAAAGCUAUUUUUUUUUCAGUUCACUUCAGUUGAUUGAUCCUCUGUGGUUUAAUAAUAUGCGACCCUGACAUCAAACAGGAGAGGUGGAUCAUAUGUAAGAACCUAAUCUGAGCAGAUGACAUGCAGACACAUUCCUCUCUCCAGUAAAGCACCGAAAUAAAGCACAGAGUAGCUCCAUCUGCAGGCUGGAAAAAAACAAAAUAGGAGCCGAUAUUAAAUCUGACCACAGAGGAACAGAGAUUUAAAUUCUCCUUCAUCUCUGUCAUUUUGUAAUUUUUUUAAACUCUCCUGUUUCUUGUCAUUAACCAAAACAACAAUAAAUCUGAAUUCUCCUCAGGAUUUUAGACUAAAUUGCAAACAAACGGCUUUUCCAAUAUUUUCCUCUCCCAGCAGCAGCAGCAUCCUCACAUGACUCUGGUUCUGCUGAUUUGAACAUGUGAUCCUCUUUAUUUGCCCCCAAAGCCAGCGAUUUUGUUGCCAUGGCACUUCUCCUAGUGUUGAACUGACUGAGUCAUCCUGGAGAAUCGGUUCACAGCCCUCUGACUGUUGAAUAUUGACUUCAAAGAGUUUGUGAGCAGGGACGGGUCUCUGAACGACGUGUACCCACAACUCACCAAAGCGUCUCUACUGACUCACCAGCUCCCCUCAUCAUUGCUGUCCCAGUUUAAGUACAUGCUGUGGGUUUUAAAUCACUGUAUUGUUACGAUUCAUUUUAGUUGUGAUUGUGCCUUUAAUGUGCAAACUGGACUUUUAGGUUCUACAUCUCAAUGACUAAAACCGCCACGUGAACUGAGCGUGUGCCAAUCAUAUCAAUUUAAUUACAUCCUCUGUUGAGUCCACAACUUAUUUUUUAAAUUGGGUACAAUCGCCGACUGAACGACACCCCCGUGGAAGAUGAUGAGGGCCAAAGACUGUUCAGGACUAAGCCAUAAAAAACUCUGACACUCUUGGGCAGACUUGAACGUGACUGCUGUUUCUUUGUUUCACUCUGUUUUCUGCUUGUGGUGCUUGUAUGUGCUGCUGUGCUACAUGCCAAUAUAUUUUGCAGUGUAUAGCUAAUUAUGAGUAAGUUACUGUGCCUAUGAUGAGUUCUGCAAUUUCUGUUUGACCUUAAAUAAAACACUUCAUUGUGA